AUGGACGCCGAGAUGCGUCCGGCGAAGGAUGACAUAUCCAAGGCAGGCCCUCAAGACAUGGACUUCACGGAAACGGACACCCUCACGGAUGAGCAGCGACUGGCUGAGCUUGGUCAUCAACAGGAGCUUCGCCGCACCUUCUCCUUGCCGGCUCUGCUCUCCCUCAUUCUCUCAUUGAUCUGCUCGUUGUGCAUCGCCGCAUCCCUUGCCGAAAUCGCUUCUAUCUAUCCGACAGCAGGAGGACAAUACCACUGGGUGGCCGCACUAUGCCCUGCCCCAAGCAACAUCGCAGCCUCAUUCGCCACGGGCUGGAUAUCAGUCGGUGGCCAAAUCGUCUUCACCGCGUCCGCUGCCUUCGCCGCGGGCUUGCAGGUUCAAGCCUUAAUAGUGCUAAACAACGAAACUUACGUCCCAGAGCGAUGGCACGGCAUGCUUCUUUACUUUGCCGUCCUGACAUAUGCUGGUGUUCUCAACAUCUUUGGGAUGAAGGCGAUGCCGCAUGUUAACUUGAUCUCAGGGUUCAUCCAUGUUGCCGGCCUAAUAGCCGUUACGGUUGCCCUUGGCGUCCUCGCGCCGAAGAGCAGCUCCGCAUUCGUGUGGGCAGACUUUGUCAACAGCAGCGGCUGGAGCAACGACGGAGUUUCGUGGCUUGUCGGCCUCAUUAGUGCAGUGUAUCCGUUUCUAGGGUACGAUGCUGCCUGCCAUCUCGCUGAGGAACUUCCACGCGCGAGUCGAAAUGUACCCUUGGCUAUGGUCGGCAGCGUAGCUGUCAAUGGCAUCAUGGGACUUGUGUACUGCAUAGUCCUGCUCUACAGCGCGGGCCAGUCCGACUUCGCGAGCGCCCCUCUCGGAUUUCCGUUUAUGCAAAUCUACCUCGACGUGACCAAGUCGCGCGCCGGCACAACCGUCAUGUCGGUCAUGAUCAUUCUUAUUGCCAUCGCGGCCACGCUUGCUGGCGUCAUGUCGACAUCUCGGACUCUCUGGGCUUUUGCCCGAGACAAGGCUACGCCGUUCGACCACUAUCUUUCUCACGUCCAUCCCAGGCUCCAAAUACCCGUUCGCUCAGUCGUCGUCGUGACAAUUCUCCAGGGAAUUCUCGGUUUCAUCUACCUUGGUAACUCCACUGCGUUCAACGCGAUCCUCUCUAUGGCAAUCAUCAGCAUGUAUCUGUCCUAUAUCCUCCCAAUCAUCUACAUGCUACUCUACGGACGCGGAAAACUUGGGAAGCGAGAUUUCGGUCCUUUCCGACUUGGCCGCAUUCCCGGCAUUGUCAUGAACGUCAUUGGCGUCGCUUGGAUGCUGGUUGUCAUGGUGUUCAGUACGUUCCCGACUAUCAUGCCUGUCACCGCAGAGAAUAUGAACUACUCGAUCGUGGUGUUGGUUGGAUGGAUCGCGUUUGGGGUAGCAUAUUACAGCCUGUGGGGGAAACACAAGUUUGAGAUGCCAAUGGUUGAUGUGGAUGUAAUCCACGAGUCAAACGUGACCCUGGGCACAGCAGACGAUAAGUAG